AUCAAUCAACACUAAUCAUCACUUAACUAAAUUGUUUGUGGUUUGUUAUGCAUAUCGACUAAUAUACUUACAGAAAUAUCCAUACAGAAAAUUAACGAUGGGAGAUACCGCAGAGGAUCAGGACAACCGAGCUAUGAUGGAAGCUGAAGGAGUCACGAGCUUCUCCGAACUUCUUAUGUUUUCUGACGGCGUUCUCAGCUCCUCCUCUGACCACCAACGUGAGGGUAAUGUCGGCGAUGGUGGAGAAGACAGCUUGGGUUUUGUAUUCUCCGGCAAAACUGGCUCAAGAAUGCUCUGUUUUAGUGGAGGCUACCAAAACGACGACGAGUCACUCUUCCUAGAACCUUCUGUUCCCUCCUCCGGAAUCUCUGUUCUUGACCCUUCAUGCAUUAAGAUCGAUUCCAAGAACUCAAACGACGCGUGUACGGUCGAUAAAUCAACUAAAUCAUCAAACAAGAAGAGAACCGGAACGGGUAAUGGGCAAGAGCCAGAUCAAAAUCGAAAACCGGGCAAGAAAUGCAAGCGAAAUCAGGAUAAAUCAUCAGUUGGAAUUGCAAAGGUUAGGAAAGAAAGAUUAGGGGAAAGAAUUGCAGCGUUGCAGCAGUUGGUUUCUCCAUACGGCAAGACAGAUGCAGCUUCUGUGUUGCAUGAAGCGAUGGGUUACAUCAAAUUCUUACAAGAUCAGAUUCAAGUCCUUUGCUCUCCUUAUCUAAUCAACCAUUCUCUUGACGGUGGAGUUGUCACCGGAGAUGUUAUGGCGGCGAUGAAAGCGAAAGACUUGAGAAGCAGAGGAUUAUGUCUAGUACCUGUCUCAUCCACCGUACACGUGGAAAACUCCAACGGUGCUGAUUUCUGGUCACCUGCUACUAUGGGUCACACUACGUCACCGUCACUGCCUAAUCAAGGAUUUUAAUUACAUUGCCAUAGGCUGAUAUAUAUUAGUAUUAGUAGCCUUUUUUCUUGGGUUUCUUUUUUGGCUGAAGAACUUACUACUAGUAAAAGUUUCACCCAUACAUUUUUGGGAUUAUCUCGGGUGGUAUAAAAAGGUUGAAUCUUU